AUGUGUCUGGACCCCCAGAUCGAGGAGACAGGCUCCGAGGAGGAGGAUCAAGAUUGCUCUUUGAUAGAGUAUGAGGAUAAUCUGGAUCUGAAGUAUGGGCUUCCUGAGACUAGAACACUAUCUGUGACAAACCAGCCUUGGCCUGUUGACUUUCAGCUGUAUAUAGAAGUCGUUGACUUUGAUAUAAUCCCCCCUGAUGACCACAUUGAGGACAUGGUUGUUCAGGAGUCCCUCAACACCAGUUUAGAGUUCAGUGAACAGAUGGACUACAGAAACACUCCUGAUGGGAGGAUCACUCUGAGCAUGAGGUUCAGAGUCCGGUGUAGUGGCGAGUACGAGGGUCCCCACUGUGACUGUCUCCCUCACAACGAUGACGUCAGUGGUCACUACAGCUGUCGGGAAGACGGAGGGAUCUCCUGUCUCCCUGGAUAUACCAACACCUCCAACCUCUGCAGACAAGGCAAGUGUGAAAAAUACUACUGCGUAGGUGAGGUGUGUCCCUCCGAUGAAACAUGUGUCAGCAACCCCACCUCCUACACCUGUGAGCCACCACCAACUUCCCCUGCUACUCCCACCACUUUCUCCCCUACCACUUCCCCUACCACUUCCCCCACCAUCACUGUCUCCAGAGAUAACUGCAGCUGUGCAACUGGCAUGAAAUGCAUUUGGCCCCCCAAGACCAUGGCAGAGGAAGACGUUGGCCCCACUACAAUCCAUCCAUCGCUGCUGGCAGCCAACGUGGUGUGCCAGAGGGAGGAGAAGGAGAUGUGUGGAGGGGGGUAA